CCCUCUCUCUCUCUCUCCAUGGUUUUCUAUAAAUGUCCACUUUUGUAGCCUUCCCAAACCAACGGAAGAUAAGCACGAUCGUCCUUCUUCCAUCUAGAACAAUAACAACCUUCCAAAACUAACCAGAACUAACAAUGAGGCUUGCUGUUGUAUCAACAAGACCAUCAUCCAACACUUUAGCUUCUGCUUCAAAACACCUCAACCUCACCCACCUCAACAUUACUCACUCAUAUAACUCCCAAGUAUCAUUACCUUCUCUUAAGCACAAAUUAUCAGUGCAUUGCAGGGAUUUCAUUUCUAGAUCAACAGCAAAGCUUGGCAAGAAAUGGAUGGAGUAUCAGGGGGUCAAUAAUUGGGAUGGACUGCUUGACCCUCUUGAUGAUCGUUUAAGAAGUGAGAUUUUACGAUAUGGGUUAUUUGUUGAAGCUGCAUAUCGCUCUUUUAACUUUGAUCCUUCUUCAUCAACUUACGCCACCUCUAAAUUCUCAAGAAACUCACUCCUGGCUCGGUCUGGAAUUGGAGAGACCGGUUAUCGAACGACAAAGCAUUUGCGUGCCACUUGCGGGCUCCAGUUGCCACGUUGGAUCAACAGGGCUCCGAGUUGGGUGUCCACCCAGUCCAGCUGGAUUGGUUAUGUGGCGGUUUGUCAAGAUAAAGAGGAGAUUGCCCGGUUAGGCCGCCGGGACGUGGUGAUUGCUUACAGAGGCACUGCUACUUGCUUGGAGUGGGUUGAAAAUCUACGCGCCACCUUAACUUUCUUACCUGGGAAACAUUGCGAUUACGUGGAUCCUGAUGGUGGUGGGCCCAUGGUGGAGAGUGGAUUUUUGAGCCUGUAUACUUCUCAGACUGCCACGUGUCCGAGUUUGCGGGACAUGGUGAGGGAGGAAAUUGCCAGGGUCAUGGAAAUGUACGGUGAUGAGCCACUCAGCUUCACAAUAACGGGUCACAGCCUCGGUGCCGCUCUCGCUACCUUGACUGCAUAUGAUAUAAACUCUACCUUUAAAAAUGCUCCAAUUGUGACAGUAAUGUCCUUUGGUGGGCCACGUGUAGGGAAUAGAAGCUUUAGGUGCCAGCUGGAGAAAAGUGGGACCAGGAUAUUACGUAUAGUAAACUCUGAUGAUCUCAUCACGAAAGUGCCUGGAUUUGUGAUUGACAACAAUGACAUGGCAAGCAACCGGGCAGUGCGUGUGGCAGGACUUCCAUGCUGGUUGCGGCAGCGCGUGGAGGACACACAGUGGGUAUAUGCCGAGGUGGGUCGGGAGCUAAGACUGAGCAGCAAGGAAUCACCAUACCUCAGUAAAAGGAAUGUUGCCACGUGUCAUGAACUGAGCACUUAUUUACACUUGAUCAACCGGUUUGUGAGCUCAGCAUGUCCUUUUAGAGCAACGGCAAAGAAGGUUCUGAAUCGGCAUCAUAUAGAGAACUUUGAAUGCAGACAAGAUGAGAAACUUAGCAGCUAAGAAAAUGUAAAUGGAGAAAUUGUAAAUUGUACAUAGCAUUCUCCAAAAUCAAAGUGUGGAUUUCUAUUUUUGUAGAGAUAUAGAUUUGAAACCAUUUUUUGUA